AUGGCCAAUGGGGCAUCCAUUCAACUUUUGGAGCUCGGGAAUUUUUGCAGCUCAACUCGGCGAUUGAAGGAACGAAGCCCCGAUCUCUCGCGGCCCCGACCCCGACCUCGACGACAGCCAGGAGAGCGCUUUCGGGCCCAUCCAGCCACAUUGACCAUGGUUUCCAGGAGCGUGUCCCCGGGAGGCGCGCUUCUCCGGGCGUCGCGGAUGUUCUCUAUGCCGGCACCCCUCCCACCACCGGCGGCAGAAGCCGCUCAAGCAACCUUCAAGUCGCACUCCGAUACAGCUACCUCGGCCUACCCAACACACCAGGUUAUCACAACCCUUAGUCACGCCCGCAAGGAGGGGGACUGGGGCUUGAAGCGUCCUCUUCCUCUUCGAUCAACUACCAAGUCCUCGACUCCCAUGCUCCGCAUCAAGGGCAUCGAUACGAUCGAGCAAAUUACCGACUACGCCUCAGGCGCCGACCACGGCCUCACCCUUCUCAAGUUCCAAGAACUUGGUCUCCCGAUCUCUACGCCCUCCUCUUUUUCAAGCUCGAGACACAGAACCGAUGCCGCGACCAGGUCCGUUUUCGAGGACGACAUCGAUCGCACCGCCAUCGCCGCGAAGGACCGUGCAAAGCUUGUCGACCAACGAUGGAGGUUUUCUGGCCCAUGGCUUGCCGGCAUGUCGCCCGGCGACUUCAAGAAGUACUUGGCUGAGAGGGUUCGCCCCCGUCGCGCCGCCUUCCGUAUGUUUCUGAAGGCCAAGAUCGCCCGCGAUCUCAACGAGACGGCCAGGUUGAAAGCAUUGGACAACGCAGAGACCGAGUAUGACAAGGUCACCGUCGAUUCUAUUCUUGAGGAUGACGUUACCGAGUACUUGCGGAAUGUUCGGAACCAGAACGCAGUGCUGUAUCAGCUGGUUGGGGAGUUCUUGGAUCUCGCACCUCUGAAGCAACCGACGGAACUGACGACUGAGCAAAUGUUGCAUCCCCCACAACACACAUAUUCAACCCACGACACCAACAACCCGUAUGCCGAACAUGGUCCUCCAAAGACCCACCCUUCCGCCGGUCUCUCGUACAUCCGCACCGGUGCAUACAUGGACAACCACCCGCUGUACGGCCCGCAAAAGGAACAUAAGCCGGUUGAGGCCAGAGUGCUCAGGCCGCGCAGCCAGCAGAGCUACAGCAGCGCCAAACUGGGUGUUGCUGGUUUCGUCACCGAGACCAGCGAGGGCGACAACGCUCACAAUCAGAAGUCCGGGAAGUCGCCUCUUCGACAUUUCGACCCUGAUCUCAAGAACGGCGCCAAGGUUUACGUUCAGCCUGAAACGGCUUCCGUCAACUCAGAUGGCAAGCUGCGGAUCGUGCUCAAGGACUCAGUGGAUGCCGAGGCUGAGCUGGUUGCCCGUGAGCUGAUUGGUGAUGGUGAGGGCAUUUUUGGACAACAGCGGAAGGAGGUUGAGGUGGUCAGCCAGUCAACCAUUCGCAAGUCCUACUCAACUAAGCUCUCGCAGGGUGCACAGGACUAUGGUUUGAAUUCGGAGAACUAG